AUGUGUAUUGCUUAUACAGAUACUACUACUAAUAAUAUCCAUAAUAUUCAUAAUUAUGACCAUAAAAACUAUACAUCAAUUGACGACGUGAUCAUCGAUGCCCGCAAAGAGUUGCUAAUAUUGAUGGCCAACCUAUCGGUUCCCGGAUCGGUAGUUGCCUUCAGUUUGAACGGCAAAACUGUUUGGUCAGAGGGCUUGGGUUUAGCAGAUAUCGAGAACACUGUACCGACACAUUUGGACAGUCCGUGGCGUGUAUGCAGUAUUAGUAAGUCAAUAGCAUCGGUACUUAUCGGACAACUACUUGAGCGCAAAGUUGUCGAUUUGGAUAAACCUAUUAACAACUAUUUGCCACUGAAUUUGUUUCCUAUUCAUCAAUACAAUGGUACUAACUAUACGUUAACACUGAGACUAUUGAUGUCACAUUUGGCCGGACUUCAUGUGACCAAACAUCCCGACGAUUUUCGGCAAUUUUUUCGGGCCACAAAUGUUACCCAAAUGAUUGGCCUAUUCAAUAGGGAACCAUUGCUGGUAAAACCGGGUACCGAAUGGCUAUACUCUAACUACGGUUCGCAAGUAGUCGGCUCUGUCGUUGAACAGGUGCUCAACAGUAGCUAUGCCGUGGAAAUUGAGAAACUGUUUGUCCAGUUAGGUAUGAGCUCAACACGUAUUGAACGACACGAACAACUGGUCAAGCAUCGACCAAAAUAUUACGAACUAUCACCGUAUGGGUCGACAAAUCCCGUUCAAAACGGUGAGCUUAUCGAUGAAAUUGUUUGGCAACAAACUGAUUGA